AAAAACCACGGUUGUUUACAAACAAACAAAAUUUCGAUGCGGAAUGGCGAGUUUUUCACGCGAAAUAAAUAACGUUUGUCGGCUUUGCUUGGACGAAAAUGAAGCUGCUCUGUUGCCCACAUCCAAAGUCAUCAAUUCCACGUUGACCGUUGACAACAUUGAGCGAUUUACCGGGAUUCGAGUUCUCGAGGAAAACGUUUCCUACGUUAUUUGCCAAAACUGUCACAAUAAGUUGCGAAAGUUUGCCGCGUACCGUGCUUUCUGUAUGAACAAUGAUGUACGGUUUCGGGAGCUGUAUCUAGCGAUCGGUGAACAUGUGUCCAAAGAUCACAAAGCGACACAGGAAACACCUGCCGUACAGCCAGCAGAAGUUUCUUGUUCUGCCAAGGAGCAGUGCGAAAAUGAGAACGAUUUCACAAUCAUGUACGUAGAAUCAACGUUCGAUGAUCAUGUAGUGGAAGUUGAUGGCGCAAAAGUGAACGAACAUGACGACGAGCCCGAUGAGGAUGUUGUUGAAAUUAUUGUACAAACCGAUUCGCAAAGCUACCACACCAAACGGGAACGGUCCCAAACGUCAGAUUCGGAAAGGGACUCACAAAACGACGAACCGGAAGAAAGCGAUUCCGAAGAAAACGACAAGAAAAGCAUCCGGAAGCAGCUUGAACCACGCACCGCACUAAGACAGCAACCGGAACAGAAUGAGAAAAAUGUAUCGUCAGAUAGUCAACGGAGAGGUGAUGGGGCGGCUAGAAAAUACGAGCGAAAACAACAGUUUUCCAAGUCAUCAACGAUCCACAAGCAGCUGUGCUCGAUUUGUGGCAAACUGGUGCAGUACCUGCCGGAUCAUAUUGUGUCGCACACGAAAGAGCAAAAGUAUUCCUGCGAGCACUGUCCGAUGACUUGCAGUCGAAAAUCUUAUCUGAAACUGCACGUGGAAGCUGUCCACAUGAAGAAGGUGGUAAAAUCGUGCAAAAUAUGUAACCGAGAUUUUACCCACAUAACGGGCUAUACGGCACACAUGCGAGCUCAACAUAACGUUGGGGAUUGGUACGAGUGUACAAUAUGUAACCAGAAGUUUCGCCAUCCGGGAGGUUUGAGGGGCCACAACAAUCGGAAGCAUAAUGCCGACAGCAACUGUGAAUGUCCGAUAUGUGGAAUGAAGUUUCAAGACAAAAAAGGGCUAAAGGAUCACAGCAGAGUGCAUUCGAACGAGAAGCCGUUUGCCUGCAGCUUUUGUCCAAAACGAUUUAAAAGUCCCAACGCUCACCGCACGCAUAUGCUGAUCCACAAAGGUGUCGUUUUCUCGUGCACGUUGUGCGAAAAAACGUAUCGCUACAAAUCGCUGCUGAAUACGCACAUGAAAAAGUUCCAUGCGCCAGAAAGUUUGCAAAGCGAAGAAUUGAAUUAAGAAGAGUCAUUGACCCCCCCCCCCCCCCCCGCUUCAUAACGAAUGCAACCGGUUCCAGUAAUUUUGAGUCGUUUUGUGGGAGGUUUAUUUCGAUAAAAUUUAUAUCAAGAGCUAAUUGCAUCGUUACCUAUAUAAAGUAGGUAUUUUUUUGUGUUUUUUUUUUAUCCACAAUUUCCUAUUCGUUGGAAUUUAGGUCAACAUUAAUAAUGAUUAUGUUAAAAUGAAAUUGAAAAAUAUCAUCCCAUGAUUUUGUUAUAAUUUUUGUGAAAAAUAGAUUCGAUUUCGAACCUAUACUUGCUCAGCAGCUGGUGGUUUAUAGCAUUCGUCCGUUGAAACGCAGCUUAAGGUAGUAAUUUGACAUUUACUCCUUUGCUGUGACAGCUCGCCAAAGAACGACAACAAAUGGUGUUGGUAAACAAAUCCGCAGGCUUGCACUGGCGAUGGCGAGCAGCAUUACAAUAAAUAGCAUUUGUCGGCUCUGUUUGUGCGAGGACGAUGAUGUUUUAUACUCCUUAUCGUGUUUAAUUGAUUCUACAUUGACGGAACAGAAUGUAGAACUGUUUACCGGCCUCCAGCUGUUCCGCGAACAAAACGUAUCCUACGCGGUCUGUGUCGAUUGCGGCAAUAAGCUGAAAAAGUGCGCCGCAUUUCGUAGUUUGUGUUUGACCAAUGAUGCGCUAUUUAGGCAACUGUUUUCAGUGCUUGUUGAGAGCAAAGAGAAGGAGAACGGUAGCGAAAGCGAGGAAACGGCGGUGGAACAGUGCGAAUCUACGGCAGAACAUGAGAUAGUUGAUAUGCAAGCAAUUAUCAAACAAGAAUGCCGUAAAGAUGGCACGCAAACCAUUGUUGAGUUUGUAGGUGAAGCUCUGAACGACGAUGUGGACACGGAUAGUGAAACCGAUUGGGCGGAUGAAGCGGAGUGCAACAGCGGACCGGAGCAGGACAUACUGGCGAGCAGUUUGCCCGCAUCAGCAAACCUUCAUCAGCAGGAGAAAAUAUCAGCUCCCAAAUCCACCAACAAAAUCGCACCGAAACGACCAGCGAGAGUUUCCGGGCGCAAGUUGUCGGAAAACAAAUCCAGCAUCAGUACCGUUACCCGUUCCGGGCGUAGCUAUCGGCGCUGUGAUACCUGCGGGAAGAUGGUAUCGGAUCUGAAGAGCCAUCAACUUCGGCACACGAAAGAGAAGCGGUUCGCCUGCACGUACUGUCCACUGAAGAUGGCUUUCCGGUCCAAUUUGAAAAUUCACAUCAAGGCGGUCCAUUUGAAGGAAAUUAGCAAAACGUGUGAACUGUGCGGACAAGGGUUCGUUAAUUACAAUUCGUACAAAAACCACAUGGCCUCUCAACACGGGAAGGGUGAAUAUAGUUGCGAUACGUGUUCGAAAAAGUUUACACACAUGCGGACGUACAACAGCCACGUCCGGCGGUACCACAAUACGGAGCGGAAGAAAAAGAAGGUGAAACAGCUGUGUGGCACAUGUGGCGCUAUGGUGACUAACAUCGCGACGCACAUGCAAACGCACACGCAGGAGAAAAAGUUCACCUGUCCGUACUGUCCGAUCGAGAUGGUGGAUCGGACCAACCUGACGCGCCACGUGCAGUCCGUACACUUGCAGCGGGAAGUGAAAUCGUGCGAUAUAUGCAACAUAGGCUUCAAGUAUCCUAGCUCACACCGAUCUCAUAUGCUCCGGGUGCAUGGUAUCGGCGACACGUUCGACUGUAAUAUAUGCCAGAAAAAGUUCAACCAUCGAAGCGGGCUACGAAGCCACCAGGCACGGGUACAUAGCAAUGAGCGGAAGUUUGAAUGUGAAACGUGCGGCAAGCAGUUUAAGGUGAAGGCAAGUCUCGUUAAGCAUCAGCUGGUCCAUUCCACCGAACAACCUUACGCGUGCAAUCAAUGCCCGAAACGGUUCAAAAGCAGACACGGGCGAAAUUCACACCAGCUAACGCACAGUGGCAUCGUUUUCCCGUGUCCGCACUGUGACAGGUCGUACCGGUACAAGGACGUGCUUGGUAUACACAUCCGGCAGAAUCAUCUGGAUAUGAAGGGGGAUGAUUCGUAGCGGGGAAGGGCUAGUAACGCGUUACGUAUUCGAGGGACGUUGGCCUCUACCAUUUCGGCCCUUCAUGACUAGUUGCUACGUACAGGUCUUGUACGCCAAUAUAACACCACCAGACAUGACUACUUACGAA